AAAUUUUCGUCUCCAUUCUGCCAUGAUUUUACCGAUUCUAGGGUUUUCUGGGUUGAUGAAGAUCUCUAGCGUCUGUAUCUAUUGUUCCUGUUUCUAGGGUUUUGAUAAUUUGAAUAAGCAUCGAAGGAAUUAACCUUUAUUACGGUUCUUAGGGUUUUUAAGAUUUGUCUUGUUUCAUGGAUUUCAUUUUUGGGUUUUUUCCGCGUCAUGUCUAAAUUCGGCUGGAGAAAUAUGUUGAUCUGUAUCCUUGUUCCCGUAGUUGUGUUCUGUGCAGGUUGAUCUCACCAUGUCUGGCUACCAUGGUGACGAGGCCGAAGCUGAAUACAUGGCUGAUGAGUAUGAUAUGGAAGAUGUAGAUGACAUGGAUGCAGAGUUUCAUGGCAGGGAUAUCGAGGCAUCUGACUCCGAAGUUGAAGAAUAUGACAACUUGAACAAGUCUGCCGAUACAACUGCUGCUCAAGCCCGGAAAGGGAAGGACAUUCAGGGAAUUCCUUGGGAUAGACUUAGUAUCACCAGAGAAAAGUACAGGAAAACUAGGCUAGAACAAUACAAAAACUAUGAAAAUAUCCCUAAUUCGGGCGAGGCAUCUGGGAAGGACUGCAUAAAUACCGAGAAAGGCAGCUCUUUCUACACGUUCAGGAGGAAUUGUAGAUCCGUGAGAUCAACUAUUCUUCAUUUUCAGCUGAGGAAUUUGGUAUGGGCUACAUCUAAGCACGAUGUUUACCUGAUGUCGCACUUUUCUAUCGUCCACUGGUCAACUUUGACAUCUGCCAAGAACGAAGUUCUUAAUGUUUCAGGUCAUGUGGCUCCGACUGAGAAACAUCCCGGAAGUUUAUUGGAAGGAUUUACCCAGACACAGAUUAGCACUAUGGGAGUAAGAGAUAGACUGCUAGUUGCUGGUGGAUUUCAGGGAGAACUCAUUUGCAAGCAUCUUGAUAGACCUGGUGUAAGCUUCUGCUCACGCACAACAAAUGAUGAAAAUGCGAUCACGAAUGCAGUAGAUAUAUAUAGGACCUCGAGUGGUGCACUGCAUUUCAUGGCCUCGAACAAUGAUUGCGGAGUCAGAGAUUUCGAUAUGGAGAGAUAUCAACUUGUCCAGCACUUCCGUUAUCCAUGGCCAGUUAACCAUACAUCUCUCAGUCCCGACGGUAAACUAAUCGCGGUCGUCGGAGAUGACCCGGAUUGCCUGUUGGUCGAUUCCAGCAACGGAGAGACGGUCGCGACGCUGAAAGGGCAUUUAGACUACUCGUUUGCGUCAGCUUGGCGUCCCGAUGGCGUCACUUUCGCCACGGGAAAUCAAGACAAGACCUGUCGGAUCUGGGACAUUAGAAACCUGUCGGGAUCAGUGGCUGUCCUAAAGGGCAAUCUGGGGGCCAUCAGGUCCAUACGGUACACAUCGGACGGACGGUACAUGGCAAUGGCCGAGCCAGCAGACUUCGUCCAUAUCUACGACACGAAAACUGGGUACGCGAAAGAACAAGAGAUCGAUUUCUUCGGCGAAGUCUCCGGCCUAUCCUUCAGCCCCGACUCCGAGUCUCUGUUCGUCGGUGUCUGGGACCGGACGUACGGCAGUCUCCUCGAGUACGGACGAGCCAGGGACUACUCCUAUCUCGAUUCAUUCCUCUGAAUUCUCUCCACACACACACCACACACACACACACAUAUAUAUAUAUAUAUAUCACCAAAAAAAAAAAAGAGGAACUCAAGAUUUGAUUCGGAGGUUGUCUGAGCAAGUGUUUUGUGUUGUGGGGGAAAAUGUACAUUAUCCUGAGGUUGGAGAUUGUCUGCUGUGUGUUUCGGUUGUAAUCUUUGUUCUGAUAUCCAAAAUCACCAAAAAUACUAUAUGUUAAUAGCAUCUAAAUGAAUAUUACUAGUUUGAAUA